UUCCCCAACAACCAAAGAAAGAAACGCCACUAGCUUCUUCUUUCUCACUGAUCUCUGUCUCUCGCCGGAAAAAAAAAACAGUAAGGUAAUGUCUUCGACGGAUGUCCAAGUAACCGACCACCACCUCAACCAGUCAACAAACGGCACAAAUCUCUGGUCAACAACCGAGGACGAUGCGUCGGUGAUGGAACCUUUCAUCGGCUCCGAACACUCUUCUCUCUGGCCUCAACCACCUCUCACUCCUCCUCCUCCUCCUCACGUCACCGAAGACACUCUCCAGCAACGGCUCCAAGCACUAAUCGAAGGAGCAAGAGAAAGCUGGACGUACGCCGUGUUCUGGCAACUCUCCCACGGCUUCGCCGGAGAAGACAGCACCACCGCCGCGGCGUUGUUAAGCUGGGGCGAUGGUUACUACAAAGGCGAAGAAGAAGAGAGGAAGAAGAGGAAGCCGAAUAAUCCCGUCAGCGCGGCGGAGCAGGAGCACCGGAAGAGAGUGAUUCGAGAACUCAACUCUCUGAUCUCCGGCGGCGGAGGAGGAACGGUCAGCGGGUCCUCCUCCGACGAAGCGGGAGACGAAGACGUGACGGAUGCGGAAUGGUUCUUCUUGGUCUCGAUGACGCAGAGCUUCUUCGCCAGCGACGGCUCUGGUUUGCCCGGUCGUGCUUUCUCGAACUCGCAGACCAUCUGGCUCUCUGGCUCGAACGCCUUGGCUGGAUCGAGCUGCGAGAGAGCUCGUCAGGGUCAGGUCUACGGGCUGGAGACCAUGGUUUGCGUACCGACUGAAAACGGCGUCGUUGAGCUCGGUUCGUUGGAGGUUAUACAUCAAAGCUCGGAUCUUGUUGAUAAAGUCAACGGCUUUUUCAGUUUCAACGGUGGAGGUGGAGGCGUGUCGGGUUCUUGGGCGUUUAAUUUGAACCCGGAUCAAGGAGAGAAUGAUCCAGCUACUACGUGGAUUAACGAACCGGAUGUAACCGGAAUCGAACCGGUUCUUGGGGUGAACACCGGUAAUAAUAAUAACUCCACUUCUUCUAACUCUGAUUCUCAGACAGCUUCGAAGCUUUGUAAUGGAAGCUCGGUGGAACACCCUAAGCAGCAGCAGCAGCACCAGAACCCACAGAUCUCUAGUUCUGGGUUUGUGGAGGGAGACAGCAAGAAGAAGAAGAGAUGUUUGGUUUCAGACAAGGAAGAAGAGAUGCUGUCUUUCACUUCUGUUCUUCCACUUGCUACUAAAACAAACGACUCGGAUCACUCUGAUCUCGAAGCUUCGGUUGCUAAAGGACAAAAGAGUGGUGGUAGAACCGUGGUUGAACCGGAGAAGAAACCGAGAAAACGAGGGAGAAAACCGGCGAACGGACGAGAGGAGCCGUUGAAUCAUGUGGAGGCAGAGAGACAGAGAAGGGAGAAGCUGAACCAGAGAUUCUACUCUCUGAGAGCUGUGGUUCCUAAUGUCUCUAAGAUGGAUAAAGCUUCGCUUCUAGGGGACGCGAUUUCGUAUAUCAACGAGCUUAAAGCUAAGCUGGAGAAGGCUGAGUGUGAUAAAGAAGAGUUGAAGAAGAAGAUCGAUGGGAUGAGCCAAGAGGUGGCGAGUGGGAAUGUGAAAAGUUCGGUUAAGGAUCAAAAGUGUGUGGAUCAAGAUUCAGGUGUGUCAGUGGAGGUGGAGAUCGAUGUGAAGAUCAUUGGUUGGGAUGCGAUGAUAAGGAUCCAAUGCGGUAAGAAGAAUCAUCCUGGUGCUAAGUUCAUGGAAGCAUUAAGGGAAUUGGAAUUGGAAGUGAAUCAUGCGAGUUUAUCGGUAGUUAAUGAAUUCAUGAUCCAGCAAGCGACUGUGAAGAUGGGGAAUCAGUUUUUCACGCAGGAUAAGCUCAAAGCUGCUCUAAUGGAGAGAGUAUGAGAAGGCACAUGUAAGAUAAGUUAGCAUCUCUAGAGGGUAAUAAACCGAAGAAACAAUGCUAAAACAAGGGUCACAGUAUGAACCAGUAAAAGUCUCAUGUGAUUGUAGUGUAAAAUGUAUUGUGCAAGGGUAAUUUUGCAGCAGAGCACCCAAGUUGUUUUAGUUUGAUGGUAAGUAGUUUGGGCUGUAAGCUUUUCAUGAGAUUAAGGUGUCUUCGGUUUGUUUGGUGCAUUGAGUGGGUAUGUACAUAUUAUAUUAUUAUGUAAUGAAAUAAGGUUUUUAUUUGUAAUCAAUAAAAUCAAAAUGGGAUUUGAGUUUCGA